AUGAGAAGACGGACAGCGAGCAGGAGCUGGAGCCCCCUGACGAGCGCUGCACCGGCUCCAGCAGCCCGAGGACUGAGCCCGUGUCCCCCUACAGCUCCAGGUGUGAGGAGCGGGUCAGGGAGCGACCCGCCGCGGACCACAAGGACGAGUCCAUGUUCAGUCUAAGAACCACGGAGAAGGACAAAGCGGAGAGCCGGCACAGGAAGGACACCACGGAGCCCUUGACGAAGGACUCUGACGCCGGAGGCAUCGGGGCCACUAAGGAGGCCUUCUCCCCUCUGGUGGUCCAAACGGAGAGCCCCUCACACUUCAGUCCAGGUCACUUACAGAGCCUGGCUCUGUCCGGCCUGCACAGUCAGCAGUUCUUUAACCCUCUCAACGCCGGAUCGCCGCUGUUGUUUCACCCGGGCCAGUUCGCCAUGGCCCCUGGAGCCUUUUCCGCCAUGGGCAUGGGGCACCUGUUGGCCUCGGUGUCCGGAGCAACUGGUUUGGAYAAUGGGAGCCUCUCGGCCCAGAGCACAGGAGGAACUCCCGGGCCCUUCCCCUUCCACCUGUCUCAGCACAUGCUCGCCUCUCAGGGCAUCCCCAUGCCUCCGUUCGGGGGUCUCUUCCCGUACCCCUACACCUACAUGGCGGCUGCAGCGGCUGCGGCCUCGGCCUCGGCCCUCCCGGCCACCAGCACCUCCAGCCCGCUGUCCAGGAACCCCUUCCUGGGCUCGUCCCGACCCCGCCUGCGCUUCAACCCCUACCAGCUGCCCAUGUCCCUGCCCCAGAGCUCCGGCCUCCUGGCCACCGGCCUGCCCGGGGGCCUCAACCUGAGCUCCGACUCCCCCAAACCCAGCAGCAGGGAGACCAGCCCGGCACCGGACCACCACAAGACGGGAGGCUCGGCUGGACGAGUCUCGUCCCCGAAAGCCUCGGUGAAGGACUCUGUGAACGAGCUGCAGAGCAUCCAGAGACUGGUGAGCGGCCUGGAGGGCCAGAGGGAGCCCUCUCCCAACGCAGACUCCCCCAAGUGAUCUGGACUCUGCUCGGAACGUGGACUUGUCUCGACCAGAGGACUGUGGGGCGUCCUGUACAGCACAGCAUCAGAGACUGAGAGGACACGAGGGUCAGGGCAGCUGCAGGUCGACAAAAUGUACUCGAUAUCAUAUUUACCUUUUUUUAAACUCACAAGGACUGAGGGUUUCCUCCAGAGACUGGUGAGAAGGGUGGAGCGGCCGUGAGACAACGUGUCCACCCUCCCUGCCUGCAGCAGCUACUCUGGAAUACUUUUCUACUUUCACUUACCGGAUGGCAAAUAGGUAAAAUCAAAAAAAAUGUGCAAAAGAUAAAAAAAAAAAA